GUCAAGGCCGUGGGCGCAUUAUUUGAGGGGUUUAUAUGUUUGCAUAUGAUGAAUGAGCUGAGUCAGCUGUGGCCGGCACCCGAAACGAUUCCCACACGUAGCAAGGUGCAGCUGGAAUAUUUAUCAAAAAAUGUUUCGAAUGGAACUUAUGACAACGCCUCACGUCGUGUAUCUGACGAUUUUUUGUUCCUGGAAACGACAGGAGCACAAGUUUUUGCAGGUCUCAUAGCAUUCUCUGCUAUUUUGGUGACAUGCCAUCAAAUUUACUUGCAUUUGAGGCACUAUACCUGUCCGAACGAGCAACGUUGGGUUGUGCGUAUCCUGUUCUAUGUUCCUAUUUAUGCGUUCGAGUCGUGGAUUAGUUUACUGUUCCUAAAGCACGAAGACUACUAUGUAUACUUUGAUUCUGUCCGGGACUGCUACGAAGCGUUUGUCAUCUACAGUUUCCUCAGUCUAUGUUAUGAAUACUUGGGAGGUGAGAGUUGCAUUAUGGCGGAAAUUCGUGGAAAGGAGCUACCGCGUUCAUGGGCGUUCUGUACAUGUUGCUUCUAUGGCCGUACCUAUACAAUAGAGUUCCUCCGCUUCUGUAAACAGGCCACUUUACAGUUCUGUCUGAUCAGACCACUGACAUCCAUCAUUACAAUCAUUCUACAAGCAGCGGGUGUCUACAAGCACGGGAUAUUCAGCGUAACAAACGGUUACUUGUAUGUAACCGUGAUUUACAAUGCAUCAGCCUUCGUAGCACUUUACGCUCUGGUUUUGUUCUUCCUUGCUACACGGGAUAUACUGCAGCCGUUUGAUCCGGUGAUCAAGUUUGCUGCAGUAAAGUCAGUGGUGUUUUUGUGUUUUUGGCAAGGUGUGAUUUUGGCCAUACUGGAAAAAUUUGAAGUCAUUCCGGCGCUACCAAACACCAAUGCUGGUACAGUAGCUGCAGGCAUUCAAAACUUCCUCAUCUGCAUUGAAAUGUUCGCCGCCUCUGUUGUGUUCCGGUUUGCUUUCCCAUCUGAGCUCUAUUCUAGUGGAUUGGCGUCCAGUGACCUCGGGUACGACAGUCUCAAAGGAGGAUUUCAGUCUGAAAACGGAGGUGAUAAAGGUCGACUUUUGUCCUCUUCUUCUGGCUCGCUACGAAGUCUUCGUGACACUGUCAAUCCGCGGGAUAUGUUCCAUGACGCCAUACAUAACUUUCAUCCGAAUUAUCAAAAGUACACGCAACAGCGCAACCCCAAGGAUGAAGACGAAGGAGAAAAGUUCAUGCGUGUGCAGAAUAGUGGACCGAAUUUACACAAACCAGAGAAUCAUAUUGCCCCGUCCACCGUUCCUGCCCCACCUAUUCCUCCACAUCCGUGAUUCGUCGGGAUUUUCAUUAUUGCACAAAGAGCAUUUAUGUUCUCAUUGCACGUUGUGUUCCGUGAAAGAGCGUCUGAGAUCCAUAUAUCAUAUUUUGAUAUUAUCCUAUUCAUUUCACUCUACCGAAAAUGUUGAAUGUUGAAUAUCGUUUACCCAGUCGUCAAACGUUGGUCAGUUGUGAAUUUCCAAACAGAAAUGUUAAAAGAUUCCAAAUAGUCAUUACCCCUUUCUUUUAUCAAACCACUUCAGCUUUCGAACUGUUGCAUUGCACAAAGAUAUGUUCUUCUCAUUGCACGUUGUGUUCCGUGAAAGAGCGUCUGAGAUCCAUAUAUCAUAUUUUGAUAUUAUCCUAUUCAUUUCACUCUACCGAAAAUGUUGAAUGUUGAAUAUCGUUUACCCAGUCGUCAAACGUUGGUCAGUUGUGAAUUUCCAAACAGAAAUGUUAAAAGAUUCCAAAUAGUCAUUACCCCUUUCUUUUAUCAAACCACUUCAGCUUUCGAACUGUUGCAUUUAUUGAGUCUUUGGUCCAUGCUUAUUUUGUGUGAUUGGUUGCAUUUUUUUUGCGGUGGCCAAAGUUUUUGUCAUGUCCCUUUGAUUCGCUAGGUGGAAUAACCUCU